AUAAAUAAAAAGCUUAAUUAGGAAAAAAAAAUCCCAUCAAAGAAUUUUUGAUAUGGAUUCAAGGAUUAUUGCCUCUGGAGCACUUUUCUUCUCCCUCAAUCUUCUCUUCUUCACCUUAGUUAACUCUACAUAUACACCUGACUACACUAGCCGCCUAACAUCAACAAAACCAGAGUCAAAAGAAUAUGCACCCGAAUACACUAGUAACCCAUCAUCAGCAACAACUGAGCAAAAAGACUACACAUCUAACUACCCUAGCAAACCAUCAUCAACAACACACGAAUCAGUAGACUAUGCACCUGACUAUUCUAGUCACUCAUCAUCAGGAACACCAGAGCCAAUAGAUUAUACACCUGACUAUACUAGUCAUCCAUCUUCAACAACUCCAAAAUCAGUAAACUAUGCAUCUGAUUACACUAGUAAAGCGUCAUCAGCAACACCGGAGCCAAUAAAUUAUGCACAGGAUUACACCAGCAAUCCAUCAUCAACAGUACCGUCAAAGCCAAUGAACUACGCACCAGACUACUCUGGUCAUUCAUACACAGAAUCUGCUAAAUGUCCAAGGAAUACUCUUGAAUUAGGUGUAUGUGCCAACUUAUUGAAAAGUUUGUUGGGUGUUACAAUUGGUACCCCACCGCAUACUCCUUGUUGUAGCCUUAUCGGUGAUCUUGUUGACCUUGAAGCUGCUGUUUGCCUUUGCACUACCAUUAAAGCUAGUCUCUUGGGCAUUGACUUGACUCUUCCAAUUGAUCUUACCUUAUUGCUUAACUACUGUGGCAAACAGGUGCCAGAAGGAUUCCAAUGCGCUUAAACUAAGGUCAUUUUAAGUGAUUUCUAUGCUCUCUACAAUGUAUUUGCUGAUUAUAUUUUAAGUAUUUUUUUUGUUAAUGCAAUUUAAAAUUGCAAGAUUAUUAUUAAUUGAAUUGUAUUUGUUUUGAAUUACGAAUUAAUUCUAUUUUUGAUAAAAUAUUUCAAUCUGAUUAUUUUUGUUUA